AUGGUAAUGACGCGUCCCUGUGUCUCUGGGUUUGGCGUGUUGCUGGGGUUUCUGCUGGUUCUAGGCUUAUUUGCGUUGCUGGCAGUCGACGCGUCCCGUGCGGCCCCAACUGAAAUCAUUGCCAACGUUUGCCCUACAAUCACAUUGACGGACCACCUUUCUGCGCUCUUCGGGCAUGACACCGAUGUGGCCUCGUCGUACUGUGUGCGCGCGGGUCAGAGGUCGUGGGAUGCGCGUCAGGAGUUUUCUUUGCGAUGGGAGAUGGAGCGGUGGAUUCGCGCCAAUCGCACGGCGGGAAUGUUCCCCGAGAGUUACCAGUUUGUGAGGAAUGAGUUGAGGCAGUUCACAACUCUUCUGCAAGGCGACGAACCGUUACAGGUGCGACAGGAGAAGGAGAUAUACGCCAAGAGAGCCAACGCGACGCUUCGCGAGAUGCCGUGGUUGCUCGUCCCGAACAGUACAUUUGCUGAGGCGCAACAGUUUUAUCACCGAAAUGUGCGGCAGCGACCCAUUAUUCGUUCGUAUCACCUUUCGAGGGAGUUGAGUACGCCGCGGAUAAUCCACGACUACCUUCAGGAAGUAACCGGCUGGUGGGCUGAGGCGGAGAAGCGUGUCUCACGUGAUCCACGGGUCGCCGUUCCGUUGUUGCCGCAGAUUAGCUUAGAUAAAAUUAUCGGCCCCCCAAUAACGACCGCUGACAUUCCUCAGCCUGAAAAGGCUGGCCAUCAUGCGUCAGCUGCGUCAAAACGACUCACCCCAAUGUCGCGUCGCUCAUUUCGUUUCUCUCCCCCGCGUCGGCCCCUUCCCACGGCGUUGGUGUAUUAUUACACAGAGGGUUGUGUUUUUUGUGAGGCGGUGGGUGUGGCCUUUGACAUUCUACCGCUCAUCUACCGACGCCUAUGCGAGUCCGGGCAUCACUCCGUUGUGAGCUGUAGCCCAUUGCUGCUUUUUUUUCGCGCUAGGGGGGAUUUUUUGGGGAAGUGGUUGCCGACGGUUGCGAUCUACGGCGUCAACGCCACACCAUUUCCGGUGUUGCCGCCCUACUCUUCGUAUGUGGCCGAAAUUGAGGAGUUUGAAGAUCCAGUUGACUUCUAUGGCUUCCGUGAGGAGGCGUUGUUUCGAGCCAACAUGACACUGCCAGAGAUACUGGAGCAGCUGGUGGGUCUCCUGGAGAUGUAUGACGUCAUACAGCUGCGGAAGUUUUCCUCAGCCGAGGUUGCAGAGUUGGGCCAGUUGGUUCACGCGAAGACGAAGCAAAAUAAAUGGCAGCAUCAACAAAAAGCAUCAAUGGGAAACGCAUUCAGCUACGCAAGAUUCGUUCUGUCAGCAAGCGACGAGACACGGACAGAAGGAAUGAAAGAAACGAAAGACGAUCUGACAUGGCAAUACCAGCACAUGGUCAAAGUUAAAGCUUAUCUGCACAGUGCUGUGAUGGUCCACAUGUGGGAGUUGUGGGGGAACAGCACGGCGGAGGUCGAGACCAAAGUCCCGCUAAACUGGUCUCAGCUGGAGAUACCAUGGGUUGUGGCUGCUUCUGCCGUACUCUCUGUUGUGUGGCUCGUAGUGUUCAUUUACGCAACAAAGCGUCUCGUGGAUUGGCGAGAAGGAGCCUGA